GCGGCCAUGGUCACCGCUAAGGCUAUGGCGGCGUGGCGGCUCCCGGCACUGGCGGGGAACUCACGGGGGCCACCGCUGCCUUCCUUGUCGGGAACUCGGAUCUCCCCGGGCUCUACGCUGUACUCCGCUUCCAGACUCGGGGGCGGCGGAGGCGGCAGCGGCUCAGGAGCACAGAGCCCGGAAGGUCCCGAAGGCACUAGGCCGGAGAGCCCCGAGCUCACAGCGGCGGAGCUGCGGAUCUCCCGGAUGCACGCGGCCGCCUGCGCGGCUGGCCAACUAAACUAUGUGGAUCCAACCACUGGCUAUUUAGUACUUACCAAAGUUGCCCAUUUGAAGAGAGGGAGUUGCUGUGGUUCUGCCUGCAGACACGUGAGUAGUAAACUCUCCCAUUAUCGCAGCAGCUUGCCUUGCUUCUAUAACUUCGUAAAUAGGUAGGUAUUAUUUGAAAAACAAGUCAAAUAAAAAAGCUAAAUGGACCUAGAGAGCACUUUUCACAAGCUUCU